UAAAAUGGCAGUCAGUAUAAAAACUGAGCCCGUUGAGGGCGGCCGAGGAUUAAAUAAAGAACGACUUUAUUGCUAUUUGAUAUAUGUUGUUCUUCUUUUAAGUAAGUCCUUACCGCCAGAUUUAAGCGUCGCGCUAAUUAAGAAGUUACUUUACGGUAAAAACAAAAAGUUUGCAGCAUGUUUAGCUACCAAGAAGUGCCCAUAUAGGAACAAAGUAUUGCACAGUCACACAAGGAAAAAACGGAGACGACAUCUUGAGUAUGAGUAACACCAUGCAUUGCUAAAUGUGGGACUGCUGUUGAAAUUAUGACAACGAGACUUGACAGGCUGUUUUUACUUCUGGAUACUGGAUCAACCCCACUGAUUCGAAAAUCAGCAGCUGAACAACUUGGAGAGGUUCAGAAACUGCAUCCUUAUGAACUUCAGAACCUGCUUUCAAAGGUUCAUGACUACUUAAAAAGUUCAAGCUGGGAGACCAGGAUAGCUGCAGGACAGGCAGUGUCCGCCAUUGCAAGAAAUGUGCCCAAGUGGAACAAGAAAAUUCCCAUCAAGCAAGAAACCAAUGGCAAUGUGGUGGAAGAAAAUCCCAUUCAACUGUUGUUUACUCAGUUCAACAUUGACAAGGUGUUGUCUCAAGGGGCAUCACUCUUGGGAGCCGAAGAGAAACAGUAUGAAACAGAACCGCUAAGCAUGAAAGACAAAGACCAAUUGUCGUUACAACGUCAGAUGCUGAACAAGAGGCUUGGACUAGACAUGGCCGGGAAUCUUGGGAUAGGCGGGGACAUUUUCUCAGAUGAAGAUUUGGUAGCUGGAAUAAAAACAGAGAAUGGAGACACAUAUUCUAACAAGAGAAGUGUGUCUGACAUCCUGAAACAACAAUUGCUGGAUGUGACGGGUGGGAUGAGUGCCAGAGAACACAGCCGAAUAAAGCGGCGAGCUAAAAUCUUGGCCAAGCAGAGGUCAAAAGACUGCUACAAUGAGCAGAUGUCCCUGGAUACUGAGCCCCCCUGUAAGAAGGCCAAGUCCCAAGUCAGCGUGGAUGUCGGGAGCAGUGAGAGCAAGCUGGUCAUGGAGGCCUCCGUGGACAUCGAGGAGGAUGAGGAGUGGUAUUUUGAGUCCUUCUGUGAGUUGCUGAUGAACGACCUUUUCAACAGUAGCUGGGAGACACGACAUGGUGCUGCAACUGGGCUCAGGGAGGUCAUCCGUAUCCAUGGCGACUCGGCUGGCUUAUCCAUAGAUAUUCCACUGGAUCAGUUGCACACCAUUAACCAGGUGUGGUUGACAGACCUUGCCCUCAGACUGCUGUGUGUCCUGUCCCUUGACAGGUUUGGGGACUAUGUCUCUGAUGAAGUGGUUGCUCCAGUGAGGGAGACCAGUGCCCAGACACUGGGGAUGGUGAUCAAACACCUGGAUAGGUGUGGUGUGGAGGGCAUGGUCAAUGUCUUACUCCAGCUUCUGGCCCAACAGCAGUGGGAGGUUAGGCAUGGGGGCCUGCUGGGCUUCAAGUACUUACUGGCUGUCAGACAGGACAUGACAGACCGGAUCCUGCCUGCAGUAUUACCGUCUCUGUUCCGAGGUCUACAAGAUGUGGAUGAUGAUGUCAGAGCUGUUGCCGCGGCAGCAUUGGUUCCUGUGGCUCACGACCUCGUUAGACUUCUUCCUCAACAGGUGCCCUUAAUCCUGACUUGUUUGUGGGACACACUGCUGGAUCUUGAUGACCUCACUGCCUCUACUAACAGUAUUAUGACACUUUUGUCUACCAUCCUAACAAACCCACAGGCCUCAAUCAGAGACUGGUUGUCUCGCCCCCUUCCUGAGCUAGUUCCAAGGUUGUGGCCAUUUCUUCGACACUCCAUAGCCUCAGUCAGACAUUCAGCCUUACAAACCUUCCAUACUUUGCUGACUUUACCAGAAGACCAACAAUCAGUUCAGCCCUGGCUGCCAUUCAUCUUACAAGACGCACUUAGGCACAUAUUUCAAAGGAGUCUGCUGGAAGAAAAACCCAAUAUAACCAAGAUACUUGAGAAAGUGUGGAACCAGUUGUUGCUGAAAGCACCAUUAGAAUACCUGGUGGGGAAUUCCCUGCCCUGGCUCGGGGUCUGGCUCUGUCUUUGUAUGCAACCUUCAAAGCUUCCAUUUGAUUCCUCCUACCUUAUUGAGGCAAAGCACAGAGGAAGAGUACAUUCUGAUUCUGAACAAGGGAAGAGCAGACAUAGCAUUGGUACUGCACAGAAGUCCAUGGACUACAUAGCAGGAACAGAGACCCUGAAUGCUAGUGUGGUGGACAGGGAUAUGGCUGUAAUGAGAACACGCAUAAUGGCCACCAGGUUUCUUGGGUUGCUGUGUAGCUACAUCAUAAGAGAAAUUCCCAACUUUCCACCUGAAGCAGAGAAACCAGUGAUCUCCCUUUCCAAGCUCUUCCUGUUCCACUUAAAUAGCAAGUCGGCUGUCCAGAGAUUUGUGAUAGCUCAAGUGGUCUACAACCUGGCACUGUCCAACAAGGAGACCAAACUCCCUGAUGAAGCUGUUGCCAAGCUGCUGGAGUGUUUGAAUGAUGCCAUCUAUUUUGAUGAAGUGGCUAUCUCAUUCACACACAUGCAGUCUGACUGUCGAGAUUUCAUGGCAGGACUCAAACAGAAUGGAGUAGAUAUAGACUCUGUGAUUCCACCAGGAGGCAUCAUAACCUUAGAUCAGGCCAGUUCUCUCACCACAACAAUAUUUGACCAAGCUAAAACCACGCUCAAACCUAAAUCUCAGCAGGUGUUCGAGGACAGGAGGAGACAACUCAAGGUCAUAGUGGACACGACCAUUCAGGAGCUCCAGACCCUUACAAUCAGGGUUCAGUGUAGUUUAGCCAAGGCAGCAGUAGAACUGGAUGCAUUGCCAGAGAAACUGAAUCCUGUCAUUCGCCCAUUGAUGGACUGCAUCAAAAAGGAGCAAAAUAAAGAGAUUCAGCAAGAGGCAGCUGACUGCUUAUGUAGAUUACUUAAGAAAUGUCUGGACAAAAACCCUAACCCUAAUUCCAAGGUCCUGAAGAACCUGUGCACCUUUCUGUGUGUGGACCCCACCUUUACCCCCAGGGUUGCUUCACCCAUCCCCAGCCACACAGCUGAUGAAAGUGAAGUCAAAUGUGAUUCUAAGUUUGGCAUCAUAACCCUAACAAAGCAGCAAAAGACUCCUGAUGUUGGAAAGAAGUGGCUGAAGCGGGCAGCCAGUGUAAAAAACGAAGAAUCAUCUUCUGAUCAAAACCAGGAUAAUGGCGAGACACAAGAGCAGCAUCAGAUCCAGAGGAGAGGGGCGUCGCUGGCACUGACCACCAUCGCACGAGUGUUUGGAGAUGACCUCCCCACCAGCCUGCCCACUCUGUGGGAGAACGUGGUGGAACCCCUGCAGGGCCUGGGGAAAGAAAAUAUGCUGACAGAGGAGAAAGCCCAGGAACUGGUCAACUCUCUGCAGGUGCUGGAGACACUAUGUACAGUGAUGACUCCAAACCUACAGUUACAGUUGAAAGAAAGGUUACCAUUACUGCUGGAUUGUCUGCACAGUCACUUCACUGCGGUCCGUCACAUGGCAGCCAGGUGUUUUGGAAUGCUCUGUCAGGUCAUGACUCUUGACCUUAUGACCUUUAUCAUUGAAAAAAUAGUUCCACUCAUGGAUAUUGCUGAUAAUGUCAUAUACAGGCAGGGAGCAACAGAAGCUUUGGCUUGUGUGAUAGAUGGUCUUGGACUGGAUCUGAUCCCGUACAUUGUGCUGCUGGUGGUGCAGGUCCUUCGUCGUAUGAGUGACCAGAACGAGGCGGUCAGAUUAAUGGCCACCGCUUGCUUCGCCUCACUCAUCCGCUUGAUGCCACUAGAGGCUGGAAUAACAGAUCCUCCAGAAAUGAGUCCUGCCCUCAUUGCAGAGAAAGAGAAGCAAAGGAAAUUCCUGGAGCAACUGAUGGAUGGAUCCAAACUUGAGGGCUAUAACAUUGUGGUGCCUGUCAAAGCAGAAUUAAGGAAGUACCAGCAGGAUGGUGUGAACUGGCUGGCUUUCCUGAACAAGUACAAUCUACACGGCAUUCUCUGUGACGACAUGGGACUGGGUAAAACCCUGCAGUCCAUCUGUAUAAUGGCCUCUGACCACAAACUCAGAGAUCAAAAAUACCAGGAGACUCAGUCCAUGGAGUUUGCCCCCAUGCCCUCCAUUGUGAUCUGUCCCCCCACUCUGAUUGGACACUGGGUGUAUGAGGUCAACAAGUUUGUUGACGAGGCUCACCUUAAUCCCCUCAUGUACGCCGGUCCCCCCGGAGAACGAGCCAGAAUUCAGAAGAAGGUGAAGAAGCACAAUUUGAUUGUAGCAUCGUAUGACGUGGUGAGGAAUGACAUUGACUUCUUCAGUACCAUCAGCUGGAACUACUGUAUUCUGGACGAAGGGCACAUCAUUAAGAAUGGCAAGACCAAACUCUCUAAAGCAGUGAAACAGUUGGUCUGCAACCAUCGUUUAAUCCUGUCAGGGACCCCCAUCCAGAACAACGUCCUAGAUCUGUGGUCUCUCUUUGACUUUCUGAUGCCAGGAUUCCUGGGAACAGAGAAACAGUUCCAAGCCAGAUAUGGUAAACCCAUUCUACAGAGCAGGGAUGCUAAAAGUACUUCCAAGGAGCAGGAAGCAGGUGCUUUGGCGAUGGAAUCUCUUCACAGACAGGUUCUUCCGUUCAUCCUCCGUCGUCUGAAGGAAGACGUCUUGCAGGAUCUUCCACCCAAGAUCAUUCAAGAUUACUACUGUGAACUUAGUCCUCUACAGACACAAUUGUAUGAGGACUUUGCCAAAUCCCGAGCGAAGCAGGGUGUGGAGGAUUCUGUCACGUUACUGGAGAGUACGGAUAACAAGGAGAGGAAGAGUGCUGGUGCUACUCAUGUCUUCCAGGCAUUGCAGUAUUUGAGGAAGCUGUGCAAUCACCCUGCCCUUGUUUUGACUACUAGUCAUCCUAAGUAUGAGGAAGUUACGAAGCAGCUCAAGACCAGUAACUCCUCCUUACGAGACUGUCAACACGCACCCAAACUGAACGCCUUAAAACAACUGCUGUUGGACUGUGGAAUUGGUGUUGCCAUGCCGACAGGCUCUGGGUCAGGGUUUGCAGCGGAUCAGCCCGUUGUUAAUCAGCAUCGUGUCCUGUUGUUCUGUCAGCUGAAAAGUAUGCUCAACAUUGUAGAAGAGGACCUGCUGAAGUCACAAAUGCCUUCCGUGACCUACUUACGACUAGAUGGCAGUAUUCCAGCAGGAUCCAGACAACAGAUUGUAAACAGGUUCAACAACGACCCCUCCAUUGACAUUCUGUUGUUGACCACACAUGUGGGAGGGCUAGGUUUGAACUUGACCGGGGCCGACACGGUUAUAUUUGUGGAACAUGACUGGAAUCCAAUGAAGGAUCUACAGGCAAUGGAUCGGGCUCAUAGAAUUGGACAAAAGAAAGUGGUCAAUGUUUACAGGUUGAUUACAAGAGGGACACUGGAGGAAAAAAUCAUGGGGCUUCAAAAGUUUAAGAUGACAAUUGCCAACACUAUCAUCAGCCAAGACAAUGCUAGUCUCAAAACAAUGGGAACAGACCAACUGCUAGAUUUGUUUUCAUUGGACGAUAAGGCUAAAGGUCAAGAGAUAGUGUCCUCUGGUGGCAGCAGUAGUGAUCAAAACAAACGGGAGAGCAUCAAGUCCAUUCUGGAAAAUCUAGGAGAUUUAUGGGACGAGAAGGAAUAUGAGUCUGAGUAUAACUUGGAUAAUUUCAUAAAGUCGCUGAAACGAUAAAGCGAUGGACAAAAUCCCGUGUGCCAAGUCUUGGUUUAUGCAAUCUUAUUCGAGUACACAAUGAUGCUGUUCAAUGCAGAUUGUUCUUGAUUGAGUUUAAGAGUUUGUAAGCUUGGGAAUGAAGAAAAGUAACAGUUAAGUGUGAUAGGAUAGAUUAGAAAUGUUAAUGGGAUACCAUUCUUUAAUCAGUUUAUCAAAAUUUUAGGAAAAGGUUUAUUUGAUAUAAAAAAAAAUGUCUUAGUAAUGUUAAAUACACAUUUCAGCAAUUUAAGGUUAUCAACUCCUAUGUUAUCAAGUCUCAUGACUGCUGAAUACUUGUACUUGGAUGAUAUGUAUUAUAUAAUGGGUUAAUGUUCUUGUGUAAGGAAAGUUAGCAAUAUAAAGUAGGUCUUAAGGGGAAUGGACGUGAAAAACAAUAUCAUUAGUGUGAAACUGUCAUCUUUAUGUUUUAUCAUAGACAAAGUUUCAAAUGGAAAGUAAUAAAUAUACAUACCAGUAGUAAUUGUUGGAGAACUUCAGCCAAUCUCAUUCUCUCAAUGUAAAUGUAACCAAAUCUGGCCUUGGGUUAUGGCAAUGCUGUCAUAUAACAUAUAACUGUCUCAAAAUGAGUCAAGUUUACAAUGUAUUAUGGAUGUAAUGGAAACAUGAGCAUGUAUAUUAACAAAAUAAUCACUAUAGUUGGACAUUUAUGAAAGUCAGAGAAAAUCAGUGAUCAUGAUUUGGAAUAGUACAUUUCUCAGAAUUACCAAAUCAAAUUGUAAUGAAUUAUGAUUUACUAUGACUGUAUGCCGACACAAUAAUUUCUUUCAUAUUACCGAUAGUGAAAUUUUACUGUUAAGUGUAUGAAUGCAAAAAUAUAUCAACCUUUUUAAAGAUUCGAUAUUAUGACUCAUAAUUGUAUUAUCAUUUUCACUGGAUAGAUUAGAAUCAUCUGUUACAAAUUCCCAUUUUUUUCAUUGAUGGUCAUUGAAAUCCUGUGUAGAGGUAGAACAGUGUGUAAUAAUAUAUAUUUAUUAUUAUAACAAUAACUUGAUCCAAAGGGUCAGAUCAUGUCAAGUUGCAAGGCAUGGAUCAUCAUAUCAAACGAGCCACAUCAAGUUUGAUGAUCCGCGCCUGGUAACGAGACGUGAUCCAGAUCUUUGGAUUAAGUUACUGUUACAAUGAUAAAUUUAUUAUAAAAUACCCUUGUCCAUUUAAAAGUUUUUAUUACAAAAACUAUCUUUUUAAAAUCAAUUGUAUGACAUUUAAUAAUACAACAGAGCUUUUUUAGAUGAACUCUUUUAAAAUGCGCUAAAACAUGUGGUAUGUCAUCAGUUUCUGAGAGAGGUGAUACGCAAUCAGAAACCCACAGUGGGGUGAUCUGGAAAAUCGGAUCACACUCUGUAAAAUUGACAGUAUCAAGAAGGGAAAUUUGAUGGGUACUAGUAUAUAAAAAACUUAAUUAUAGGUUUAGAUAGACAUGAUAUAGGCUUUCUGUCAAAGAUGAUAGGGAAUCCUGUUUUGGAUUGAGUACUACAUGUAGUAAGUGAGCAGGAUUUCAGGUUGUUCUUUUGACUAGAUAGUGCUUAAACUAAAAUUUAUUUUAAGAAGCAAACGAAAAAGCUCUGUACUUAAUUUCUUCAAAGUAAAACCAGUGGAGUCUAUCUAGUACUCUUUUUGUGCUCCAACUAGUCGUAUCAAAUCUGAAUAAAUUAACAAGCCAAGUAACUGCUUAUCGAUGAAAUUGUAAAGCAUUUGAAUUGAUGUUGUUUAUAUGAAGAUCUAUCAUUACUAUGGUCAAUUUUCGACAAUGUACUGUUGCUUAAGUGAAUCUUAAAAUUAAGAUUUUAAAAGUAUUGUAACAGCUUGUGGACAAAUAUUUAAUCAGAAUGAUAAAAUUAAGAAGGUAUUGGACACCUCGAUGUUGUGAUGUACUUCCUAUGGAAAAAUUGAAAUCAAGUAUAAUUUUUUAAUCAAUGUUUUCUUUCCCAGUGAAGUGGGUUAGAGUGCUACUACGAAUGUUUAAGAUAUGAGUUCGAAUCCCACUGAGGCUUUUAUGGUAUUUACUUUUCGAAAAAUUUGUAAAACAUAUUUUUUCUCCAAAUAUUGUAAAAACUGAAAAUUCUAAACAGAUGUAUGAAUAAUGUUUUUUUUAUCCACAUUAAUAUUGACAGGUGUCCAAUACCACCUUAAGCCUUUUAUAAAUGAUCAAUGUUGAGACUGACUAUUUAUGUCUCAGGAUAACAGAAUUAGGGAUCAGUUGUAUUUCUGUAGUACUUAACAGUGUAUUUGUCAUUUUCAAAACAUUUUUCCUUGUUGGCUGUACUUGUAAACUUUUAAAAAACAUACUAUAUAAUUUUGAUACAUUCAAUAUGACUGUCAUAUAUAAUUGUACGAAUUUUGCCUGUUGGUUUGCAAUAACUUCAGUAGAAGUGCUAAGUUUUGUUUUACACUGUGAUCAUAUUGACUUGCAUGUAUUGUUUGUGUAUAUUCAGAAGUUAUAUUUUUGAUAUGAUUACAUUUGAACCUUAGUUACUCAGUUCAUUGGACCUGAUAUUAUACUUAUGUUAAGUAUCAUGGCAGGAAGGCGAAUGCUUGCUGAGAAUAACAUUGCUACCACUCAUAUUGAUAGGUUUUGUAAAUGAGAUUAUGUACUUCAUAGAUCAAAUUGUUUUGAAUGAAUUUGUUACUGUU